CCGGCGCGCGCGUGGGAGGCCACCCCAAGGGGAGGGGUCGGCGGCCAGUGCAGACCUGGAGGCGGGGGCCACCGGGCAGGGGGCGGGGGUGAGCCCCGACGGCUAGCCCCGUCAGCUCAGAGCGGCCAGAGUCCCAGCUCCGCUGGCUGCUCAUUGUCUGUGGCGCUGACCAGUGCGCCCGCCCGGUGCCCCAGUGCGGGCCGGAGGGGCAGCCUCUUGUCACUGCAGUCAGCAGCCGCAGCUAUAAGAGGCGGUGCCUCCCGCAGCGGCCGCCUCAGCCGCCAGCCAGGACGGCAGGACCAUGCUGCCUGCGGCCCGCCUCCAGCGUGCCUAGAGCCAGCCUGAGUCUGAGAGCCCUCGGCACGGCCCUCGCCGCCGCUCUCACCCCUGCCCUCUCCGCCGCGGCCGGCCCCGCCGUCGCGCGCAGCAGCCGGAGCCGCCAGAUCUGCAGCAGCGAAGCGGCGAGGCCGGGCGGGCCAUGGGGCUCUGCGCGCUGCUGCCUGGCUGCGUUUCUGCUACGUUCCUGCUGGCACUGAGCGCUCUGCCCGCAGCCCUGGCUGCCAACAGCAGCGGCCGAUGGUGGGGCAUCGUGAACAUAGCCUCCUCCACGAACCUGCUCACGGACUCCAAGAGCCUGCAGCUGGUGCUGGAGCCCAGCCUGCAGCUGCUGAGCCGGAAGCAGCGGCGGCUGAUCCGCCAGAACCCGGGCAUCCUGCACAGCGUGAGCGGGGGCCUGCAGAGCGCCGUGCGAGAGUGCAAGUGGCAGUUCCGCAACCGCCGCUGGAACUGCCCCACCGCGCCGGGGCCCCACCUCUUCGGCAAGAUCGUCAACCGAGGCUGCCGGGAAACCGCCUUCAUCUUCGCCAUCACCUCGGCCGGCGUCACGCACUCGGUGGCGCGCUCCUGCUCCGAGGGCUCCAUCGAGUCCUGCACCUGCGACUACCGGCGGCGCGGCCCCGGCGGCCCCGACUGGCACUGGGGGGGCUGCAGCGACAACAUCGACUUCGGCCGCCUCUUCGGCCGCGAGUUCGUGGACUCCGGGGAGAAGGGGCGGGACCUGCGCUUCCUCAUGAACCUGCACAACAACGAGGCCGGGCGCACGACGGUGUUCUCCGAGAUGCGCCAGGAGUGCAAGUGCCACGGCAUGUCCGGCUCGUGCACGGUGCGCACGUGCUGGAUGCGGCUGCCCACGCUGCGCGCCGUGGGCGACGUGCUGCGGGACCGCUUCGACGGCGCCUCCCGCGUCCUCUACGGCAACCGGGGCAGCAACCGCGCGUCGCGGGCCGAGCUGCUGCGCCUGGAGCCCGAGGACCCCGCGCACAAGCCGCCGUCGCCGCACGACCUGGUGUACUUCGAGAAGUCGCCCAACUUCUGCACGUCGAGCGGGCGCCUGGGCACCGCGGGCACGGCCGGGCGCGCCUGCAACAGCUCGUCGCCCGCGCUGGACGGCUGCGAGCUGCUGUGCUGCGGCCGGGGCCACCGCACGCGCACGCAGCGCGUCACCGAGCGCUGCAACUGCACCUUCCACUGGUGCUGCCACGUCAGCUGCCGCAACUGCACGCACACGCGCGUGCUGCACGAGUGUCUGUGAGGUGCCGCGCCCCGGUCGCACGCGCCCGUCCCCCCCCAGCC